AUGCCGGAUCGGUGCUCAUUAUCUUCACCACAUCAACACUAUCUCAGCAUUGCCUAUAGUUUUAAUCGUGCUAACACUAAAGCCAAGAAGCAUUUAAAGCCAAGUUAUAUUGAUACCAGCGACAUUGAAAUUGGCUGGAUCUUCACAAUCCACGGGACAACGUCUCUCCACUUUAAUGCAGGAAUUUCGGGGUAUGUAAUUAUUUUUAUUAUAAAUCGUAAAUCGUGGUAUAAGUGGAUAUUGCAAUUAAUUUCAGCUUUUAACUCAGCAUUUCAGGUGACUUCGCUCCAAAAUCAACUGAUUUUACAAGAAGACAUCAAAGACCUGAAAACAAUAAUAUUGCGGUCUCUCAGUACUCCUUCACAGUUACGGUCAAGUAAUAUCGUUUGGCCAAUCAAAAACCAAGAACAAUUACAGCAAGUGAACGAGAUCUUUGCUGCCGACAAUACUUUAUUUAAUCUCGAGGUUACGUUCUUCUCGCGACUAGGAGGGGAUUCAGUGACGCUUGCUGUCAACAACACGUUAAAGGCAAUCAUCAAACAUGAGUUUGCACUAAUUUUGAGGUUCACAGAUUCCUCUAACAAAGCGGCAUUUGGUGGAACUCUGUGCUGUAAAUUAGUUAAAGAAUCCGUCCGCCAGUUCUACUACAAAGAUGGGAAUGUUCUCUCUGAGAAAAUAAAGCUGGAUUUAGUUGAAAGCAGAUUGGAUUCAUUCAUUGCUAAGUGGCUUCGGGAUUCAGUUAACAGGGGAGAGGAAGGGAAACAAAAGCGUUCGAAGGCGAAAAAUGCAGGCACCGAGGUCAACAAAGCACGGGAGGGUCCAGAGGCGGCUGAGUCAAAUGCUGAAUCAGAUUAGAACCGUACGUGUAACUACAAGUUUGCCACAAUCAUCAAACAAUUUCGAAACAACCCCAUUUGUAAUAAAUAAUAGUCUAAGUUGUGUUGAACCUUAUCAAAAUGACAAUAUUGUAAAUUCAUCUCAAAUUGAAUACAGUAGUAGUAGUAGUGAUGAUGAAAGUAAUCAUGAAUUACACAAUGAGAUUGGUAGGAUUUCCAACCUUAACCACAUGUCGUCCCUUAGAAACUGGGCAGUAAACCACAAUAUUACUCACGCUGCCUUAAAAUAUUUAUUAGAAAUAUGUCGCAAGUGGUUACCUACUUAUGGCUUACCAAUUGAUCCGAGAACAUUAUUACAAACUCAGCGAGAAGUUCGGCAAGAUAUCGAAGGAGGCCAAUUUUAUCACUUUGGUUUAGAGAAAGGGUUAGCUAGAAUCUUAAAUUAUAAGCAAUUUGGCCAAAAAUGUACCAAGAAAGUGGAAGUUAGUGGGGCUCCACUACAACUCCACAACUCAACCCAACUCAACUCAACUCAACCACAACUCCAUGGGGCCCUUGAUAAUUUUAGUGCAUUUCCAUUCGAAAAUUUUAUGCAAAUAAUAAAGCGUAUGCUACGUUCUAAAAAUGCACCGUUAGCUCUAGUAGUUCGACGGCUAUCAGAAAUAGAUUCAGUCCCCCCUAAAUUUUCUGCCCAAAAACUAAAUUCCUCUCUAACCCGAUUUUUUUGCAACGAAACACAACCAAAAUCUUAUCCUAUUUAUUGCAAACAAUUAGGGAUAGGGUAUGCACAUAAACUGGGAAUUUUACAAA